AAAUGGCGUCGGGUGCCAUUUCAACGGAGUCUAAGAAGAUAUCAGAAUUAAGAGUUGUCGACCUUAAGUCCGAGCUCAAACGAAGGAAUUUGGACACGUCCGGUGUAAAGAGCGUCCUGCUCACGAGACUGAGACAGGCUGUUGAAGAUGAAGGUGGCGACCCAGAAAACAUCCAGAUCCCACUUUCUGCUGACGCAUCAACUCGGAAAAGUGGAAAAGUGAAAGGGGGCAAGAAAGUAGAUUCAGAUGUGGACACCACAGCAGAAGAGGAUGGAUUCUCUAAGGAAACUGAGGAGUAUGAAUCAGAGAAGGAUGUAACUGAUACAGAUGAUGGUACUCGUGAAAAUUCUAAGCCUGCACCCUGUGAGGACAGCCUCGCUCACUCUGAGGCUGAGGCUGAAGCUGAGGCUGAGGCUGAGGCUGAACCCGAGCCAGAGCCCGAGCCCGAGCCCGAGUCAGAAGCGUUGGCUGAUUCAGAACCUGAGCCAGAGGUGGAUGCCGAGACCGAGGCCGAGCCAGAGGGCGAUGCCGAGCCAGAGGUGGACGCAGAGCCAGAGGUGGAUGCCGAGCCAGAGGUGGAUGAGGACGCUGAGCCAGAGAUGGAGACCGAACUGGCUGAGAUGGACGCUGAAGCCAUGAACUCCUCUAAAGAAGCCGAGGACGAUCACCUAUCCGUCUCAAUCCCAAACGAAGAUGCCAUCACCAUAGAUGUUGAUGGUGACGACCUCCUGGAAACAGGUAAACAUGUGAAACUUCCAGAUUCAGAGGCAGAGAAGGGCACUGAUGAGCCAGAGGCCUCUGCUGAGACGGGCCCAGAUGAUGACAUGAAGGCGGAAGAGAUUGAGGGCCACAAAGAUGGUAAGAAAGAUGACGGAUCCCGAGGCGACCCCACGAAGAAAGACGGCAGAGACGCCUUGAAGAAAGCUGAAACGGGAGAUAAAGAAAAGGAUUCUGGGAAGAAAGGCCCCUCCGCUACUGGGGCAUCAGGUCAAGCAAAGAGCUCUUCAAGAGACAGAGAUGGAAAAGCUACGAAGGAUGACAAGGGAGCUCCAGGCGGCGGCGGCAGCAACAGCAGCUCUUCUCGUAACAUAUGGGUGAGCGGCCUGUCGUCAAACACCAAAGCGGCGGAUCUGAAGAACCUAUUUGGCAAAUAUGGGAAGGUUUUAAGCGCCAAGGUGGUCACGAACGCUCGCAGUCCUGGUUCGAAAUGUUACGGCUUGGUGACGAUGUCCUCCAGCACAGAAGUGGCUCGCUGCAUCUCCCACCUCGACUGCACAGAACUUCAUGGACAGCAGAUAUACGUCGAACGGGCCAAAAACGAUCCCUUCAAAAAGGAGCCGUCCAAGAAAGAAGCAGAGGACAAAGCAAGUUCCAGCAAAUCAAACGACAAACGCAGUUCCACAGGAAUAAAAGUCACCAACAAAGCACAGCCCACCUACAAGAAGGAAGACAAGAAGUUUGAUAAAAAUUCUGAAAAGGACAAAGAUUUGUCCAAGAAACAGGAGGCCAAGGGCGGAAAAUCAGAACCCGUUUCAUCUACCUCGGGACAAGACUCCUCCAAGAAAGAGGACAGAAAGCACGGACGGGCAAAGAGCCCAGUCAAGCUGAUGGCGGUCGAUCAUCCCAAAGGAGAUCCUAAUUUUGGCAAAAUGAGACCUUUCAGAAGAGGAAGGUAUUUUGAAAAACCUUUUAUCAACCCCAAUGUCCAAAUGCGGCCAAAAUGGUUGAUUCCUCCUGAAGAGUUGGAGAUGCUUAAAGACAAACAGCGAUCUUUUGCUAACAAAGGGGAGGACAGAGACAUCUUGCCUUUUGACAAGAUGAAGGAGCAGAAGGAGCAGCGGAUGCGUGAACGGAUGAUUCGUCUUGAGCGCGUCCGUAGAGCUGUCGAGUUGCGCAGGCGCCGUGAAAUCGCAGAGCAAGAGCGUCGCGAGCGUGAGCGUGUUCGUCUUUUGCGAGAGCGUGAAGAGCGGGAAAACCUGCUCCGGGAGCGCCAGAGACUGGAGAUGGAAAGACAAAAACUGGAAAGAGAGCGUUUGGAGAGGGAGAGGCUGGAAAGAGAGAGAAUCCGUAUCGAGCAGGAGAGGCGUAAAGAGGCCGAGCGGAUGGCACGAGAACGCGAGGAGCUGAGGCGACAGCAGGAGCAGCUCCGGUACGAGCAGGAGAAGAGGAACAACCUGAAGAGAGGCCGUGAAGUGGAACACGGUCGCAGAGAUGAUCCGUAUUGGAAUGGAAACAAGAAGAUGCAGUCGGAGCCGGAGGUCCGUCUGAACCAAGGCUCCAACUACAAUCGGCAGCAGAACCGAUUUUCAAACUUCAGCCCCAGAGAGAGGGGUCGUUUUCCAGAGGCGGCCGCCGAUCAGCCCAACACAUACGACAGACGUAACAGGUUCGACGGUGAACCAGAGGUGAAGAAGAGUCGGCCCGCUCCUCACAGAGACGGCUCCGGCUUCGACCGUUACCCCAAGAACUUCGAAACAGUCCGCCGAGUGGAGCCUCCUCCUCCUCCACGCGCUGAGCUCCGGGACACCGACCGCAGGGACCGGGACGAGAGACGCCCGGCUCCCAUGCACGACCGCCCCGUCGGAGCGAGAGCUACGAUACCGGGCAUGUCGCACACCCGCUCGCCACGAGACGGAGCGCAUGGAUGGAAGAACGACGGCGGGAUGAACUCCAACAAGGCAGACAUGAGAAGUCCGAUGCGCAUGCGUGCGGAGCGAUCGGGCAGAGACGGUCCUGGUCCUGCACUCAGAGGAGGCCCCUCAGUCAGCCGCGGGAGGAGCAGCUUCAACGACCAGGACAACGGACGACCCAUGGUGAUGAGCGAUCAGCCCUUCAGCUCCGGCCGUCAGGUCGUGGUGGAGCGUCACAGCAGGGAGCAAGGACUGAGGAAGGAGUGGCACGGCGGCUCCAGCUCCCAGGGCGGCGGCUUCCCUGAUAGCCGCAGGAUGGGGGACACUCGGGGCAGCAUGAUGGCUCCCUCCAGUCACUCCUCGUCGGGAAUGAACCGAAUCGUACAGAUCACCAGCAGCUCCAUUCCCAGCGGCGGCACCGUGGGUGGAUUCAAGCCCUUCAAAGGAACGCCGCGGCAAUUCUAACCGCAGCCAAACUCUGCCACUCUAAAGCACCUAAAACCCUGAAGAAGACUUUGUCGGAACUCUUUAUUUUUUAGAAUAUCAACAGUUUUCGGUGGCACGUUUGCGGCCAUGAGGUUGAUAACACUAUUUUAUUUUGUAUAGACAAAAGUGUUUACCUCAGUGUAGGGUUUUCCUGACAGUCCUGCUGUUACCGUUAAACAACCCUGUGCACAAGUUUUAAUAUUUAGGACGAUACUGUACAGCCCUAGGUCUUUGUAACGCGUUUUGAAUUAUGUCAUGAGUGUCGUAUGUAUAUUUUCAAUAGCUUAGUGUCACAGCUCUCCUGUGAACGACGUCUUAUUUUAGUGUAUCACAAGCGACAGGGUGAACUAACUCCCAGGAAACAGAUGACAUAGGAAUACUGCUCUUUGAAACGUCAUACUUGGUGUCCUGUUUUGUAAAGAAUAGUCGGACUUACUGAAACAACAUCGAACUGUAAAAUAGCCUGAGUUGUAGCAACAAAACCUCUCAUAGGCCACGAGUUGAAUUACAUGCAGGUCUGUCGAAAAUACAAUCUGACUUUCCCGUCUGUUACCGCAGGGCGUUGCUGAAAGGACCAUCGUUGUGUAUUUGCUUACUGCUCCUUCCGGUCGUUCUGGAUAUUUUACUGACGCUCAAAUGUGGUUCUCAGGCUGGUAGCUCAGGUGGAUCCAUCAGUUCUCAGCUUAGAGGGAUUUUUUAGGAACCUUACGUGCGUCACUGAGCCCUGUGAUAGUCGGUGCUUCAGCACGUCGAGGGUUUGAUGUAGAGAAACGUGGUACGCACUGUACGAAGUCUGCUCUUUAAAAGGUCAAUGUACUGUUUUCCUGACAGUAAGUGAAGUAAGCAUUGUGUGACUAAACCAACACCUUGUUAGGAGGUACCUCUGUGUCCUUCUGUCAGGUCAGUGCUAUUUAUUUUUUAUUUUUCCAUUUCAUUUAGGAUCCCGUUGAGCUUCUCCAUCCUUUCACAGUUGGACCAAUAGUACACAUAUGGGACUGUCGUGCAUGUACUUAAACUCGCAUCACACGCUCUUUGCCUACACGCCUGUUGUAAUUGGUUGAUGACGCUUGAUUAAAUUAAAAGAAAGUGAGAAGCAGA